AUGGCAGGACUUGCAGCCAUCGCCGCAGCCGUAGCGGCAGCCGCCCUCCUCCUCCGCUCCGUCUACCUCUGGCUCAUGCCCAAACCCAUCCCAGGCCUCCCGCACAACAAGGACUCAGCGGGUCGUAUUUCGGGCGACGUCCCUUACUUUGCAGAAUACGACAAGGCGGCGCGCUUCCGGACGAGGUUCUUCUACGACCUGGUGGCCAAACACAAGUCGGCCGUCGUGCAGGUCCUCUUGCCCUUCUCGAAGCCCCUCGUUAUUGUCGCGGACUAUCGCGAGUCGAGGGAUCUCAUGGCGAAGCGGAGCAAAGAGCUCAGUCGCGGGUACAUGAACAAUGUGGCGUGGCAGGGUUUCUUGUCGGAGCACUUUGUUGCCAUGGAAGAUGCUCACCCUUCGUUUAAGACGUCAAGAUUUCUUACCAAGGAUUUGAUGACAAAUAGUUUUCUUCACUCUGUAUCUGCCCCGGCAUCUCAUGUAGCAAUCUCCGACUUCAUCCGACUAUGGAAACGCAAGGCAGCUCUCGCGCAGGGGCUGCCAUUCGAGACCGUCGAGGACUUGGAGGGCCUCACCUACGAUAUCAUGAUGACCGCCGUCUUUGGGGUCGGGUACGAGGAGAGCACUAUGACAAAGUACUCCAAGCUCUUGGAGGACGCCAACGAAGACAGCAUCAACCCAGGCGGCUCGUCCGCACAAGUUGCCAAAUUCCCGUCCCCCGAGACCCCGGCCUUGGUGAAAGCUCUCCACGCCCUCAACGUCUCCAUCACGGCGGUCUUUGGCUCCGUAUUCCCUAAGCUGUCCGUCUUCAUCGAGAACCUGAAGCCCAAAGCGCGCCAGGCUCUGAAGUUGAAGAAGGACGCAGUACAGACCCAGAUCGAUGCCGCCGUCAAGAGGGCCGCCAAGGGGGUUUCAUCGGAGCACAAGUCGGCAGUAGACUACGUCGUUUCUCGCGAGAAGACGGCAGCGAUCGAGGAAGGUCGAGAGCCCAAGUACAAUGGCAUGCGUCUAAACGACAUGCUUUGGGGAUACAUCGCCGGCGGCCAGGACUCUACCCAUAGCACCUUAUGCUUCACGGUCAAAUACCUCGGCGCACACCAGGAAGCCCAGCAAAAGCUGCGAAGCGCCCUACGAUCUACUUACACCGAACCAUACGCACAGAAGCGCGAACCCACCAUCGAAGAGAUCCUCAGGACUCAGGUGCCCUACUUGGACGCCUUUAUCGAGGAAACGCUGCGCCUGUGUAGUCCUGCGGGCGCCAUCACUAAGGAAACCGUUCGCGACAUUAACGUCCUUGGCCACAUCAUCCCCAAGGGCACGACAAUCAUGUUCCUCCUGACAGGCCCGACCUUCGUCCAGCCAGGCGUCCCCGUCGAUGACGCAAAACGCAGUGAGACCUCGCAAAAGGCUUCGAGCGAGGGCGUCGGCGACUGGUCACAUAGCGAUUUCCCGGCCGAGGAUUUCGCCCCUGAGCGGUGGUUGCAGCAGGCUGAGGGAGAGGGCGAGGCAGUCAAGUUCAACAACAACGCGGGACCGUUUAUGAGUUUCAGCAGCGGACCUAGGGGCUGCUGGGGUAAACGGUUGGCGUACCUGGAGCUGAGGAUGAUUGUGACGCUUUUGGUGUGGAACUUGGAGUUUUUGAAGUUGCCUGCCGAGUUGGAGGAUCCUGGAUUGACAGAGGGGCUUUUCACGAAGCCCAAGUCUAGUAUGAUUAAGUUGAGGGUCAUUUCUGAUGCGGAAUGA